AUGAAUAACGAUAAAAUUGGAAAACUUUCAUUCCAUGCUUUAUUGGGUGAAAUUGAGAUCAGAUCUUUAACUGAAGAUAAAUUAGAGGCAUCCUUAGAUGUCUUAAAUAAUUCAUUUUUUCUUAUGGAAUCGGUAUCGAUAGCUACUGAAAUUAAUUUACCCCAAAAUGUGAAUGCACGUAAGGAAUUAAGAGAAUUAUGUCGCUUAACUGCCCAGGACGGUGUUUCUUUGGUAGCUAUAGAAAAGUGUACCGAUACUCUCGUAGGCGUGAGCUUUAAUAAAAUUCAGUUUUCCUCUACUGAGAGUGAAGAGGAGCCAUUUUUUGUAAAGUUUCGAAAUAAGUCAACGCAUACAUCUCAGGCUCAAGCUUUAAUGGAUUUUAUGAUUACGGUUGACUCGGAGCAGGAUGUCUUUAAGAAAUUCGAUUUGACCAGUGUUUGCGAAUUGAUGUUUUUGGCUAUUUUACCCACUUGGCAGAAGCGUGGUAUUGGUCGCGCUUUAACAGCCGCAGCUAUCGAAUUAACUCGACAUCUUUCUAAAGGCAAUGAAGAUAUAAAAUCUAUAGAGAAUUUUCCUAAACCUCAGGCAGUCACCGCUCUAUUCACUUCGAGAUAUUCGCAAAGAAUUGGUCAAUCUCUCGGUUUUCGUUUGCUUAAUACCGUACCUUAUACAAAAUUUCAUUUUAACGGUAAAGCAUUUAAUGAACGAAUUGAUUCCAUGCAUGAUUGCUGUCAACAUGUGAUUUAUUUUGUAUAAGAAAACAAUUUGCUUUCAUCUAUAUAUGUUUGCGUAU